CACAUUUCAAUGCAAGCAAGCGGUCUGUGAUGUAAUGGCGCAAAAAUGGGAAACCAUUUAAUUGUAUCUUCCAGAUUCUAACUAUUGCUGAGUUUUAAUCUAUGAAUUCUCAAGAGAUUGAGGUUCUCCUUUUUUUAAAAAAGCAUUCCACCACCCGGCGCUAGGAGGAAGCACCUCAUCGUCGGGUCCAACGUGUGCCACAGGAGUAGGACGAGAGGAAGACGUUUGUCACACGAGGAAAAUCUUAGACGUGCCCAUGCAACACUGUCAAUGAAAUCAGAUUAACUGAUGUACAAAGUGAAACAUAAUGUUGUCGUUUGAAGAUCUGAAGGCAGCUAUUGUUGACUUAAUUGACACAGAAGAUAACCCGCUAGGGGAUGUCAGCAUGACACUCAAGUCCAUUAUCAACCAACUGUCCGUGGGAUCCAGACAUACUGUAAAAAGAUGCAAGGAGCGCUGCUUAGAAGAUGCUUUCCAGUUGCUGAAGAAGAUCCCAGAUGCGCAUCUCUCUUCUCUAGAAGAGGAGCAGCUCCUGCUGCUGGUCAGGCUCCUCCUUUCCAUGCAAUUAGAAAUGGUCAACAGCUCCAUAGCUUGUCGCAAACUGGACAUGAUUUUGCAGCAUCUGGCAAAAGUGAACCACCAGCUGGUUUUAAGAGAAACCUCUCAGUGUUUGCAUGACAUUGUCCAUAGGGACCAGAUAUUGUCCAUUGAUGAUUUGCAGAUAGCCUGUAUGUUCCUGGAGGACAGUAGGAUUGGCAGAGAUGUGUGGAGGGAGACCUUUCCGGACCUUCUGGAUAAGUUGUCACGGCUGUUCCCUGUUGUAAUGGAGCAGGAAGGCUUAAGAAAUGGGACAUUUUGUUAUGCUGCUGUAAAGGUGUGUCUGCAGAUGUUCCAGCUGUUGCCCGGGGAAGUGGCCCCGCUGGUGUGGGAGCCAAACCCUGCGGGCCCCAGGCUGCAAAGCAUCCUGCAGGCCCUCGUGGACGUCAUCCUCGGCCAGCGCUCCAACAGGGACACCCGUCUGUUGGCCGGGACCACGGUGUCCAUGCUGAUCAACACGGCGCCUGACAGCCGAGCGGGCGGAGCGGCGGCCGGCAGCCUGCUGAAGAUCUCUGGUUCAGAGCCCUGGCUGCUGACCGUGGGCGUCCUCACUGUGCAAUGUGGCUCCCCGGGGCGGGGCGGCCCGGAGCGGCGGGACGGCGUGGAGCGGCUGGCCGUGGCCAGGGGCCUGCUGAUGUGCUGCCGGCCAGACAUCCUGCUGUCACCCAGCACAGACGGCUGCCUGUUGCUGGCGGAUGUGUUCCCCCUGGUCUGCACUCUGUGCCAGGAGAAGCUUGACUGUCACCACUACGUGUUUGAAGUGCUGACGCUUUGGUUGAAGAAGGUGAAGGACUGCCUUCCUGCCAUCUGGGAGCUGACGGGCGUAAGGCUGCUUCCUGAUGGGUCCAGCCUCCAGCAGCGGCUCAUUCAGGUCAUGUGGAACAACGCAGAGAGCCCAGUUGAGGGCGUGUCGGAGGACGUGCGCGUUGCGUUCCGCCUGCUGCUGGAGCUCUAUGAGAGGGACUGCCAGCGGUUUGGAGACACAACCAAGAAGCUGUCACUCAGUCUCCUGCAGCGCGUGACCCAGCUGCCCUGGGAGGCCCGGGCCAAGUACCCUCUCCUCUGUGCCCUGAUCCCUCACCUGGGCGCUGCUGUGGUGCUGGAACAUUACCCAGAGCUCCCAAACCAUCUGCUGAAGUGCCUCUCCACCAAUCACCUGUCACCGUGCGCAUCAGAGCUCCACAAAUGUCUGGUCCUGCAGCAGAGGCGGGACCUAUGUACAGCCUCACCCGACGCCCCGCCCACUGAGCUGGAGCUGGCCAAUCAGUGGGCGAGGCCUUGGCUCCCAGUCCUGCUGGAGGCGCUGAGCUCGGAGUCGACCCUCCUACAGACCAACGCCUCGACCCACCUGCUGCCCGCCACCCUGCAGGCGUUCCCCAGCGCGGUGCACCCCCUCCUGGCCGCCCUGCAGACCGACACCCCGCAGAACCUCCACGCCUGGGCCCGCGUGCUGGCCGUCCACAGGGCCUCCACGGGCGGCUCCCCCUGGACCCUGCAGGGGGCCUCCGGCCCGCGCAGGCUGCGGCUGGCGCUGGGCUCGGCGGACCACAGGGUACGCAUGGCCGCACUGGACCUGCUGUGCUGCAGCCCCAGAAGCAAGGACCCCCCGGGGCCCUUGGAGCUGAGCGCCAUGAGGGCCUUCGUCCCCCAGAACCUCAAUGGGGAAUCCUCCACCUUCCGCCAGCACUUCCAGACGGGGAUGCGGCGCUUCCUGGUGCGGAUCAGGGACAGCUGCCUGCAGAGCCUCCGGGCACCCAGGGGGAAGGAGGCCCCCCAGGGGGGGGCCCUCGAUGGGGGGGGCGUCCUGGAGCAGGGCGUGGAUUUCGUGGAGUGGCUGAGUCUACUGUGCUACUCCUACCUGGCCCAAGGGCACAGCUUCCAGAGGAAGAAGACCGCCCUGCUGCUGCUCUCCGCCCUGCUGGAGACCUGCACCGACACCUGGAGCCCCGAGAGGAAGAAGGGCCAGCCCCCAGUGUGCGUGUCGGCUCUGAUCAACUGGGCCAGACAGAGGGAGCAAUGGGACUUCUUCUGCAGGGCCAAGCUGCUCACUCUGAUUGGCUGCUUGGAGGACUCCACCAAUGAGGUCCGCGAGCUCUCCGGCGGCCUGCUGCUGCGGUACUUCCCGGCGGCCUGGCCGGAGGAUGUGGCGGCGCUGCUGCGGGGGAGGAGCCGGCUCCUGCUGUGCAGCCCGCGGGUCCCCCAGGCCCAGACGGGGGCCCUCAUGACCAAGGUGCUGCUGCACAAAUGUCCAGACGUCCAGCAGCUGUGGACAGACCACAGCGCGGGCCACAGGGGGACCUCAGGCGUGGUCCAGGAUCUGGUCAGAGAACUGGAGCGCCACUACCUCACGGCCAAGGAGGACGUGCUGCUGGGGGCCAGGAGCACGCCGCUGCACGGGGCUCUGAGCACGCUGGAGAGGUGCCUACUGGAGGCUCCCGGCCGUCUGGGGGACAUGCUGGACCACGGCGUGGUGGUGGAGCUGCUGGGCCUGCUGGAGAACAUCUCCCUGCUGCUCCUGGGCGUGCUGUACGGAGCACAGGAGAGCCCUCCCCAGGAGAACGGUGACGCCCCGCCCUCCUUCUGCGACAUGGGCAACGCCCUGAACACGUUGAUCGCCCAGGCAUCGCCCGGGGGCGGAGCUGGGGAGGAAGAGGAGGAGGACAGCAUCCUGUUGACUGAGGAGCACGGCCUUAUCCUCACCUGCUGCUGGGUCACCCUCAAGGGAGUAGGGAUCUUCUUGGGUCUACUUGUGGAGCGACUGCUAGCAGAAGGCAAACCGGAGGCGUGUCUUCUUACAACAGAGGACCUCAAGAGAGGAUCCAAAGUGUUCAAGAACAUUCUCCUCAAGUGUCGCCACUGGGGGGCGGUGGAGGGCUGCGGUGCCGGAUUCACCCGGUUCUGCGCAGCGCUGUUGACAAGCUGGGAUCCAGAGUGGAGGGACAUCCCGGAACACAUGCUGAGACAGGGGCUGCAGGUGGUCCGCUCGCCCCGCCCCAGCUCGGUGACCCGGCGGGGGGCGGGCCUCCCCAUGCUGCUGCUCUGCGUGGCGUCGGCCGAGGAGGCCAACCGCUCGCGGCCCCUCCUAUCGCUCAGCAUGGGCACCCUGCUGGACACGGCCCGGGACCCCCUGCCGGCCCACUGGGACCAGACCCUCGACCUCCCCCAGGUGUGCGCGGUGCACACGCUGCAGGCCCUGGUCCGGGGCUCCCUGCUGGGGGGAGCCAUGCUGCAGUAUGCGUCCGACGUGGCCGUUCUGUCCCUGACGCUGCUGCGCUCGCCGUGCUGGGCCAUGAGGAACGCUGCCCUGCAGCUCUACAGCUCCCUGUGCUCGCGGGUGCUGGGCCAGCGGCCGGGCGGCGCCCGGGACGGCCCGGUGCAGCACGGCGCCUCGGCCCCGGCCUUCUUCCUGCAGCACGGCGCCCUGCAGCCCUUCCUCCUGGGGGAGCUGCGGGCGGCGGCGGGGGACCUGCGGGGCGCGGGGGCCCGGCUCCGCCUGCAGCCCUCGCUCUACCCCAUCCUCACCCUGCUGGCCCAGCUGCAGCCCGGGGGCCCAGCGCCCACACGAGACCUGUCGGGCUUCCUGGAGCCGUUGCUGCAGCUGGCGGCCAGUCCCGUCCACAGCGUGAGGACCAUGGCGGCCAAGGCCCUGGUGGCCACAGCGUCGCCCGCGGAGCACGGCGCCCUCCUCCUGCAGCUCAGCGCCCGGCUCCCAGUGCGGCCCGCCCGCUGCUGCCACAACCGGCUGCACGGCCAGCUGCUGCAGACACGCGCUCUGCUCGACGCGGCUCUGAGCUCGGCCAGGUACGGUUCCUGUGAACUCGGGGAGGUAUUAAGCCGGAUCGAGGCGUCCUAUUGGCUGGCGGGCGCGGCCCAGCGCUGCCCCCUGGUGCGAGCGGCCUACCUGGCAGUGGUCAGCACGCUGAGAGCCCAGUGUUCCCCAGCCUUCCUCCACCAGCUCAGCGGCUCGCUGCUGCAGGAGCUAAGUCAACCACAGCCCCGGCUCCAGGUGGGAUCGUUGUUCUACCACCAAACCGCCGCUCACUUCCUGUGUGUGGACCCAGCGUGGGCGGGCCAGAUGUGGCAGGGCUUUCCAUCGGCCAGUCCCGACCUGAAGCUCUCAUUGGUGACCUGGGUAGCGGAGGGGCGUGGUCUAAGCACAGGCAAUUUGCAACUGGUGGUCCUGAGAGUGCUGCAGGCCAACCUGAAGGAGGCGCUGCUGAGCGACUACGUGGAGUACCGGAGGAGCUACCUAGCAGCGCUGGUGGCCGGGAUGACCCCGGGGGCCUGGCCCUCUCCGGCCCCUCAGGCUGACCUGGUGCAGGAGGCGGAGCUUCAGCAGAGUCUGGAGCUGUUGCUAGGAGACCUGGAGGCGCAGAGAGGGGGCCCCGAGCUGCUGUCCCAGGCCCUGUGUGCUGCCAGUGUGCUGCUGGCCCGCAGACCUCAGGAUCCCACCUCCCGUCGUUGGUGCAGCCUCUUGGAGGGCUACUGUUCUCCAGGGGCCCCUGAGGUCCUGCGGCUCGCCUGCGCUAAAGCCCUGUGUCUGGCUGGGAACCCCCUGCUGAGCCCGGCCGGGACAGUGGACCCCGACAUCAGCCCCAGGCUGAUCAACACGGGCCUCUAUCUGCUGCAGGACCAGAACCAGCAGGUCCGUGUCACGGCGGCCCGCUUCGCCUCCACACUGCGCCACCUCAGCACUGGAGGAGCAGGAGGAGCAGGAGGAGAAGGAGCAGGAGGAGGUGGAGGAGCAGGAGGAGGAGCAGCAGGGCAGAGCAGCCUCCAUCUCAUGCAGGUCAACCAGGAGGUACCUUUCGUCCUGGACUUCCUGUUGGAGAGCUGCUGGGAGCGUCCGGCCACGCUAGGGGUGCUGUUGGGGCACCUGCCCGAGCCGGACCUCCCGUCAGUGCUGAGGGAGGCGCAGGAGAACCGGUGCUCCAGUCUGUACGAGCAGGACGAGGCCAACGUGUUCGCCGAGCCCUCCGUCAUGGCGGCCUUCCUGCUGCCCCCGCUGCUACACAUGGCAGAGAAAUACCCAGCAUGCCCGGCGCUGGCAGAGCGCCUGCGGGCGUGGGCCAGCAGGACCGCGCCCCGGGUCCUGGAAGACCUGGCGGCAUGCAGAGCCCUCCGGCCAGGCCACGCCCUGGACGCCGCCUGGCUGGCUGUUCUGACGCACUCCCGUUUCCACGGCGCCCUGUGCGGCCUGUUGGGCAGGGCCGCCCUGCUGCUGCGGCUGCUCCAGACGACCUCUGACCUCCGACCCCUGGCUGACCCUUUGACCCUGCAGCGCGACGUCCAGGACUUGUUGUGUCUGAUGGGUCAGAACGGCCUCCACUUCCCUUCCGCCUUCAGGGAGGCCGUGGCCUGAGGCCAACCUUCCUGAGGCCACCGGGUCUGGGCCCACAGCCUCUCAGGGUCCAAGCCACUAUGUGGCUUUGGAACCGAGUACUGCCGUUUAUUAAAGACAACGUGCUACACCCGACCUACCAGAGCAGCCAAACCUGCAGGAGUCAUUCACUCUGGUGGGGGUGAAUCAACAUGAACAUGAACAUGGACAUGAACAUGAUGCAAAAGUCCUGUUUCUCCAGAACAUUGAGAUAGCUAGCCUGUUGUCUGCGUGUCAUACUAGCUGCUGUUUUAACACAAGACUUUGACCGGUUAGUUUAAACAACACUCCCAUUGCACACCUGACGGCCAUCAGCAGCCACUAUGGAGGGGGAGCGGUGGUCUCACUGAAGUCGUGCUCAGCCAUCCUAUAGCUGCUUUGGAAAGGUCCGAAGGCUUCAUAGGUUUGAGCUCGUACCCUCUGCACGUUCCCUGUUGCAGAAGACCUCUGCUCUUCCUCUGAUUAGAUUCCAUCUCCAUGGUGAAGCGUAGCUGAGUUGGGAACAAAUGAUGUAAUGCGGCUGGGAGGCCAGCGAUUGGCAGAGUGGUCCCAUGCGGGGCCAGACGUUAAUGGUCCAUUAGAGGCCUUCUGACCACAUAAUGGGCCAUCCCCAUGAGGGACACACACACACACAGCUCACUUCAACAGUGGAUCCCACAGAGCUCUUGUGUCCAGCUGGAUAACUACAUUCAUACAAUCAUCACUUUCUGCUCUAGGCCUGUGUUGAUGCAUUCAUCUCGAUAGCAGCCGGCGCAACAAGCUAAUGCCGACGUGAAUAAAUGGUGCUAAUGAUGACAUUAAGGUGGGCAGUUGUAUCACAACAGUUUCAUUUUGAUACCAACUUCUCCCAAAGAGUGAGAGCCUACUUUUAGUGAUUGAACAGGGUUAGUCUUGUUGUGAUUUAUUUUCUCUGAUUCCGUCUUGUCAGGGAUGCGACUCCUAAAGCCCAGAGCCUUGUGUAGGUGUCCAGUAGAAACACCUUGGAUGUCCGCCCUCAUCACUGCAGCAGAUCCGUUCACCUCCAGACGUCUUUGUAAAACAUACCAAAGACAUUUCCUGCAAACAUGCUGUUUCCACAUCGUUCUACUAUAGCUUUAUGAGAUGCGUCAUCUUACCAAUUUCCCUGAACAAGCAACAUUUUUAAUAAACUGUUUUAGGUUGAAUUAACCAAGGGUUAGUGUGUGUAUGUGUGUGUGCACGUUAUUGGCAAGUGACCAUCUGGGCAUUUGCUUUCCGAGCGGCUGAGCCUCCGUGCGUCUGAUCAAAUGAUGAACCCUGCAGCGCUGCGGGCCGCUAACACGCACACCGCAUCGGUAUAUC